AUGCGAGUAGUUCUCCAACGAGUAACUCGGGCAGCUGUUACUGUUAGUGAUGAAGUGGUAGGCUCGAUUGGAAGAGGUCUGUGUGUGCUUGUCGGGAUUCAUCGGGACGACACAGAGGAAGAUAUGAAGUACAUAAUCAGGAAAAUUUUGAACCUGAGGAUUUUCCCUGCUUCUGAAGAAAAACCAUGGGACAAAUCCGUGAUGGAUCUUGACUUGGAAGUGUUGUCAGUCAGCCAAUUCACCUUAUAUGGACAGUUUAAAGGUAACAAACUUGAUUUCCAUACUGCCAUGGCUCCCACGGAAGCUUCAAAGUUCUAUGCAACAUUUUUAGAAUCGUUAAAGAAAGCCUACAAGCCAGAAAAAAUACAGGAUGGCAAGUUCGCCGCCAUGAUGAGUGUUGAUAUAGUUAAUGAUGGACCUGUUACAAUUUCCUUUGAUAGUAAAGAAAAAUAA